AACAAAGAACACAACACAUAACUAAAGAGAGGAAUGGUGCUUCAGAAGAAGGAGAGAACGUGGGUGAUGAUGAACUUAGAGGGGCAGAGAAAGGUGGUGGAGGCUCCCAAACACGUGAUAAUGCAGCGUACGGGUGUGUCUGGUCGGGACCUGCGAAUACUUGACCCUUUGCUUUCAUACCCUUCCACCAUUGCUGGGCGUGGAAGAGCUAUCAUCGUCAACUUGGAACACAUAAAGGCCAUCAUCACUGCUCAAGACCUUCUCUUCGUCAAUUCCACCGACCCUUCUGCUUUCUCUUUUCUUGAUGACCUUCACUCGCAGAUUCUGUGCCACCACCGUGCCACCACUCAACCACAACCUCCGGAGGCUCAAGAUGGGAAGAAUGAAUCUGAAACAAAGCAAGAUGGCAUGAAGAUUCUUCCAUUUGAGUGUUUAGCACUGGAGGCAUGCCUUGAGGCUGCUUGUGGUGCUUUAGAAAAUGAGGCAAAGAUAUUGGAGCAGGAGACUUAUCCUGCCUUAGAUAAAUUGACCUCACAGAUUAGUACUUCCAAUUUGGAAUGCAUUCGUCUUGUUAAGAGCCGCUUAGUUGCCUUGGCUGCUCGUGUUCGAAGGGUAAGGGAUGAAUUAGAGCACUUGCUGGAUGAUAAUGAACAUUUGGCUGAGCUGUAUCUGACAGACAAGUUGGUUCAACAGCAACUUGAAAAUUCUACUGCCUCAUUCAUGAAUGACAUGGAGAAUGAAGUUCUUCAACCAGAUAUAAGUGACAGGAUUCCUCCUGAAGUAUCAUUGGAACGUGGUGUAGAUUCUGCUAGUGAUCAUGAAGAUCAUGAAAAUUCUGCUGACUACUCAAAAGACCAAAUGUUUGGAGCAUCUAAUGGAGUUGGUAGUGAAAUGCAUGAAGCCCAGGCUAGCACUACCUACGGUGCUGUAACCAGACACUCUUUUGAUGUGGAGGAACUUGAGAUGCUCUUGGGAGCUUACUUUGUGCAAAUCGGUGGCACAUCGAACAAGCUAUCAAGGCUGAGGGAGUACGUGGAUGACACAGAGGACUACAUAAACAUUACCUUGGAUGACAAACAGAACCGUCUCCUCCAAAUGGGAGUGAAGUUGGGCACAGCAAAUAUACUUUUGAAUGCCUUCAUAUGUGUGACUGGUCUAUUUAGCAUGAAUAUUCAUAUCGAUCUAUAUGAUACUGGGAUGCCACAGUUCCUCGGGACUAUUUUUGGAUGCACUGUUGCUUGCAUAUUCUUGUAUGUGGUUGCCAUCAUUUGGUACAAGUGCAAGCGCUUGCUGGAAUAG